AUGGGAAGUCGGAUCAACAUGGAAGAAGUAAAGCUGAAGCCUGGGUAUGCAGGGCAGCAGGUCCUGGGCCUGGUGGAGAACCAGAGCGACUGGUACCUCGGGAACCUGUGGAAGAACCACCGCCCGUGGCCGGCCCUGGGACGGGGCUACAACACAGGGGUAAUCCUGCUGCUGCUGGACAAGCUUCGCAAGAUGAAGUGGGAGCAGAUGUGGAGGCUGACGGCCGAGAGGGAGCUCAUGGGCAUGCUGUCCACGUCCCUGGCUGACCAGGACAUCUUCAACGCCGUCAUCAAGCAGAACCCCUUCCUGGUGUACCAGCUCCCCUGCUUCUGGAACGUGCAGCUCUCCGACCACACCCGCUCCGAGCAGUGCUACCGAGAUGUGUCCGACCUGAAGGUCAUCCACUGGAACUCGCCCAAGAAGCUUUUCACUGUAGUGUCCUCCACACUGCGUGGCUGUGGACGGAGUCCCCUGGGCCACAGCCGGGGACCCACCCUGCAACGCGAACCCUCAGGUGUCCAGCUGUCCUUUCUCACAGCUCAGAGGACCCUGCAGCCACUGCCCCCUCUUCCCCAGGACGAUGCAAGGGACAUAAAGAGGGCGAUGCUGUCUGGCCCCGUGACAGCUGUGGGUGGCAGUGCAGGGCCUCCCGGCCAAGCUGUGCUCAAACCACACCGCUGCCUGCAGCUCCAGAAGCAGCUAUCGGAGCUGGACGAGGACGACCUGUGCUAUGAGUUCCGGCGCGAGCGCUUCACCGUGCACCGCACACACCUGUACUUCCUGCACUACGAGCACGAGCCGGCCGCAGAUGGCACCGACGUCACCCUGGUGGCCCAGCUAUCCAUGGACAGGCUCCAGAUGCUUGAGGCCAUCUGCAAGCACUGGGAGGGGCCCAUCAGCCUGGCCCUGUACCUGUCCGAUGCCGAGGCCCAGCAGUUCCUGCGCUAUGCGCAGGGCUCCGAGGUGCUCAUGGGCCGCCACAACGUGGGCUACCACAUCGUGUACAAGGAGGGCCAGUUCUACCCCGUGAACCUACUGCGCAACGUGGCCAUGAAGCACACCAGCACCCCCUACAUGUUCCUGUCCGACAUCGACUUCCUGCCCAUGUACGGGCUCUAUGAGUACCUCAGGAAGUCCAUCGUCCAGCUGGACCUCGCCAGCACCAAGAAAGCGAUGAUCGUCCCUGCAUUCGAGACACUGCGCUACCGGCUUUCUUUCCCCAAGUCGAAGGCAGAGCUGCUGUCCAUGCUGGACAUGGGGACCCUGUUCACCUUCAGGUACCACGUCUGGACGAAAGGCCACGCACCCACCAACUUCGCCAAGUGGCGGACCGCCACCACGCCUUACCGGGUGGAGUGGGAGGCCGAUUUCGAGCCGUAUGUGGUCGUGAGACGGGACUGCCCUGAGUACGACCGGAGGUUUGUGGGCUUCGGCUGGAACAAGGUGGCUCACAUCAUGGAACUGGACGCGCAGGAGUACGAGUUCACCGUGCUGCCUAACGCCUACAUGAUCCACAUGCCCCACGCCCCCAGCUUCGACAUCACCAAGUUCCGCUCCAACAAGCAAUACCGCGUGUGUCUCAAGACCCUCAAGGAAGAGUUCCAGCAGGACAUGUCCCGCCGCCACGGCUUUGCCGCCCUGAAAUAUCUCACGGCCGAGAACAACAGCUAGCGCAGAGAAGCCACCGCCAGAGACAGACACACCGCAGGGCCACAAGGCCUAGCCACCCGCUCGCCGCCGCCAGGCCCCGCCUUCCAGGUCAAACCCGAGCAGCGCUUCUUUGGUUUUUCUUUGUCUGUUUGGCCCCACCUGCUGCUGCCACCAUGGAGAUCGGACCAGGGUCCAGCCUCUCUCUCUCUGCAGCCCCGUGUAGGGAGGGAGCCCAGCAGCAUGAGGCGCCACGAGAAAGGGACACGGAAGGGGGAGCGAGGAGGGCACCACGGAGCACAGACCCAGGCAGGGCAUGUGGAAGACUGUGGGUCCACCCUGGGGGGUGGCGGAGUGCUUGGCUGGGCACCCCAGGAAAUCAGGGUGAGGCGUGGCUUCACCACGGAAACGCUCCUCUGUGCCUGUGGCACAGCUGGGGUCCAGGGGCGGCGGCCACGGGGGUGACACAGCCUCUGGAAAAGCCCAUGGGGACGUGGCAGCCCUCUGCGGGGACCUGGAGUAGGGUUGGUUGGUUCUUUACCCUCGAAGUCACCCUUGUUUUGUUUUGAUUUGUUUUAGCUUGGGGGAUUUUGUUUUAUUUUCGGUCUGGGAAUCCAAAAUGGAAAAUCUGGCCCUUGAUGGCUCUAGAGGAAAAUCCGCUGCCUCCACCAAUGCCCCUCCGCCCGCUGUGGCACAAGGAGGAUGGGUUCCAGCAGAUGUUCAGACUCGAGAAGCUUCAUCCAGGGCCAGUGCCGGGGCCCCAGAAUCAGAAUCCCCUGUGCUGACAGGGUUGGGGCCCAGAAACAGUGACCCACCCUCUGGAGGGGCGUGAGAGCUCAGUCGGCACUCACAGGGCCGCGUGGGGCCGCAAGCACCGCUGGGAGGAGGUUCUGGCCUCCGUCUCGGGGACCUCUCCGUGGCCACACCGAGGAGACACUGGACUUCUACUGUCCCUUCACUUCAUUGUUAAUGUCGUGUUUACAUGAUGCGAGCAGAGUCGGUGCCCUCCUCUGCGGGGCUGUCUGUAUCGAGUUGCCGUGUGACCAGCGAAAGCUGCAUUCAAUAAACGGAAGUUCAGACUGGUUCCCUCCCGUCCGCACCACUCUUCUUUGGUGCUAGGGAUGGAACCACUUCACCCUGAGCUACACCCAGCCCUA